UAGUAAAAGAGAUUGGCUUGGAGAAGACGCGGAAAAGAGAAGCAGAGUGAAAAAAAAAAAAGACGGCGGCGAAGAAGAGAAGCAGAGAAGAAGAUGGCGCAGCAUGUGAAGGAUGUGGUUGAGGAGAUGAAUGAGUUGAAGAAUCUGGUCCUCGGUUACGAUGGGGGAUAUCCACCGACGUCGAUUCCGGCUUUGAAGGUCAUUCUCACUUUGAUCGAGUUUGUAGUGAAGGAAACCAAAGAUCUCCUUAGAUUCGGAAAGUUUGAAGUAGAGAAACAUCCCUUGCCGAUGGUGCCCAACUUCUCGUGGGAACCCCAACCAGCGAUGAUGAUCCCUUACAUCAUUGAAAUGAUCGAUGUGUUUGUGCUGGAUUUCGAUAUGAUGAAGAUUCGGGUCAACAGUGAGGGUCCAGGUUUUGUGUUCUUUCGAUAUUAUCUGGAUCGUUUCAGAUCGAGGACGGUAGAGUCGAUUGGUGAUCUUGUAUGUAAAGAGCUCACGGCACAGAAGGCCCAAGAAGUUCAUGUUAAAGUUUGGAGUGCUAAGAAACUAACGGUGGACGGACUGUUGUAGACAGUUUUACUGAAACCCCAAAUCACCUCGCUUCUAUAGAGAAGCUGAAGAAGAUUCAAGAGUUUCUCUGCGAGGUGAUUAACGACGGACGAGUCUUCUUCCUGAAGAACAGCUUCUUGCCACAGGGAAAACGGAGGAGUCUGUGGAGCAUAGUCCACUGCGGUCUUUGAUGAGACAGCACAAGUUGCACGCCUGGGAUUUGGUUGGUGUUGUUGCUGAUUGUUUUGAAGUCUUGUUGGGUAGUUUCAUUUACAGCUUGAAGAUGAAGGACUUAGAAGAACUUUCUGCCUUUGUGACAGCAAGAAAGGUGUAGAAGAGGGAGGUGUCUACCCAGAUGUUGAAGCCUAGUAGGUGAGGUGAGGUGAGGAAAUGUGUCUAGGAGCUUGAAUUUGGUUCGUUCCUUCUUUUAUGUGAAUAAAGACAAAGUUACAUCCUUUGUUGUCUAGACUUUGUUGAACAUUUUCAGCUCUCACUUAAUUAAGUUCAAAAUAUCUGUAUCAGAUUCUCCUUUU